ACUUUAUUCCGGAAACUCCACGGCAAGUGUUAAUCCACACUUUUUUUUUUCACUGCUAGGCACUAAAUCACUCUCCGCACGGCAAAAACCAGCACAGUUUCUCACAGUGUUUUUCAUAGCUGUUACCAUGUUCCCCAGGGUGAUUUUGAAUGGAACUAUGAUUAAAAAGUCUCAACAAAAGAAGAGAACUUCACCAUGCAACUACAAGGAGAGGUAUUUUGUUUUGGACACCCAAGAGCUGAAGUAUUCUGAAUGCCGCCAUGGCAAAAAGCCCUUGCAGAAAGGUUGCAUUGAGUUGUCCAGAAUUAAGUGUGUGGAGAUUGUGUGUAGUGAUUCCCCAAUACCUUGCAAUUACAAGUACCCUUUUCAGGUUUUUCACAACAACCACUACUUAUACGUUUUUGCCCCAGACAAUGAUUGCCGUCAGAGAUGGGUCAAAGCUCUCAAAGAGGAGACAAAGCAUAACAGUUUGGUUGAAAAAUACCACCCAAACUUCUGGAUGGAGGGAAAAUGGAAAUGUUGCCAACAAACAGAAAAACUGGCGACAGGUUGUCAUGUGUAUGACCCAUGGGGUUUUGCUUCUAAAAAGCCUCUUCCUCAACUCCCAGAUCCAGAGAUGGGACUGCAUGACGCAGAUCAGAGAAUGGUCUUUGCCCUGCAAGACUACACUCCGGUCAGAAACGAUGAGUUGUUCCUUCAGAAGGACCAGGCGUACACCCUGAUUAACAGCUCCACCUCGAAGUGGUGGGCCGUGCAGGAUGGAAGGGGCAACACUGGCUUUGUACCCAGUAAUUACCUAGCUGAAAAAACUGGCAACAACUUCCAGAGAUUUGAAUGGUACAAUAAAAACAUGACCAGAGGGGAAGCAGAGACUUUAUUAGUGAAACAGGGAAAAGAAGGUGCAUUUAUGGUGCGUGACUCAAGUCAUGUGGGAGUCUACACUGUUUCAGUCUUCACCAAAGCCCCUGGGUCUAAUGGUGAGAAGACUCCGAGAGUUAUACAUUACCAUAUUAGACAAACAGAAAGGGGAGAGGCUGCAUUUUACCUGGCAGAGAAGUACCUGUUCACCACCAUUCCUGAGCUCAUCCACUACCACCAACACAAUGCUGCUGGCCUGAUAACACGUUUGAGACACCCUGUCUCUCAGGAUGGAAGCUGCUCUCCGGACAUUGCUGAUCCCUCCAAAGACCAAUGGGAAAUCCACCCUGCAGAGCUGACCCUGGGUCAGGAGAUAGGCAGCGGACAGUUUGGGCUUGUGCUGGAAGGGAGAUGGAGGGAGAAUAAGGUGGCAGUGAAGAUGAUAAGAGAAGAGUGCAUGUCAGACGAGGAUUUUAAAGAGGAGGCAAGGGUCAUGAUGAGAUUGUCCCACAGUAAGCUGGUCCAGCUCUAUGGUGUGCGCACACAGUGUUCCCCCAUGUGUCUGGUGUUUGAGUUCAUGGAGAACGGCUGUCUGUCAGACUACCUGCGAGCCAGGAAAGGACAACUGUCUAAGGAAACAAUGCUGGGGAUGAGUCUGGAUGUCAGUGAGGGGAUGGCAUACCUGGAGAGCUCCAACUUUAUCCACAGAGAUCUGGCUGCCAGGAACUGUCUAGUUUCAAAGAACAAUGAGGUGAAGGUAUCUGACUUUGGCAUGACCAGAUUUGUGUUUGAUGAUCAGUACACAAGCUCACAGGGCUCCAAGUUCCCCAUCAAGUGGUCGGCCCCCGAGGUGAUAAAGUACUGCAAGUUCAGCAGCAAAUCCGACGUCUGGUCAUUCGGUGUGUUCAUGUGGGAGGUGUACAACGAGGGCCGACUCCCUUAUGACAACCGCAGCAAUGUUGAAGUGGUGGAGUCGCUGAACAUGGGCCUGAGGCUCCUCAAGCCCCGUCUGGCCCCAGACGCCGUCCACCUGCUCAUGGAGUGGUGCUGGAAGGAGAAACCAGAAGACCGCCCAUCCUUUGCUCUCCUCGUGCAUGAGCUGGCCUCAGUCUAAGACCAGUGAAGAUAGGAUCUGAGUUUGAAACCUAUGAAAAUAGCUAUAUUUAUUUAAUUUAUUAAUUAAUCACCAAUCACUUGUCAAAUAUCUGUGAUUUUGUUUUCAUUCAGAUGAUUAUAUAACACAAGCCAUUUUCAAAUUGCUGGAUAUUGCACUUUAUCUCUUUCUUUGUAUACAGUAUUUUCCUAAGAAGGCUCACACACUCCAUACACACUGCAGGUUUAUAUAAAAGUUUCACUUUUUAACACUGUUUAACGCACUGUCAAUUAAACAGUUUCUUUUUUAUUAAA